GUCACUGGCUGUGUGUGGAAGCGAUUUGACGUUUCGUGAAAAAGCAGGUUAUGUUACGGUUGUCAAGAACUAAAAAUAAACAAAAAAUGCUCAAAUAUGAAUUUUGGCGGGGCGAUACGGCUGAAUAAAGCCGGGAUUUGUGUUUUGGCCAUAUUAUUCAUAUUCUUACUAUACAAUUUCUCAAAAAAUGAUACAAUAAAAGAACCAAGUAAAAUAAGUUUGAACAAACUGUUAAAUGUAGCAAUAGAAGCAGCAGAAAGCGGUGGCAGAAUGGUAGUAGCAACUAAAGAUAACAUGAAUUUGAAAAGCAAGGGCCUUACAAAUGAGGGUUUAAUGGAUCCUUUAACAGCUGCCGAUCUUUUAUCUCAUUGUAGCAUGGUACAAACAUUAAAACACCAUUUUCCUUCGUUAAGACUCAUUUCCGAAGAAAAGGCAGCUUGUUUAGAUAAUGUAGGCAUACCCUCAUCUUUAAAAAAUAUAGUUGAUGACCAACUUGAACAAGAGAUAGCUGACAAUGAGGUAGUCGUAUGGAUUGAUCCAUUAGAUGCAACUUAUGAGUAUUCUGAGAAACUAUAUCAGUAUGUAACUACCAUGGUGUGCGUAGCUGUUAAAGGGAAAGCUGUAAUGGGAGUCAUCCAUAGUCCUUUCAAUAAAACUACCUCAUGGGUGUGGGUUGAUAAAACUAUGUCCAAAGACUUGAGUGCCAAUUUAGAGGUAAAAAAGAAGAAUGCUACAAAGAUUGUAGUAUCAAGAUCACAUAGAGGAGAAAUAGAGAGUAUAUUGAAAAAGAAUGUAAAUAUGAACAAAAAUCCAUAUGAACUCAUUAUUGCAGCUGGUGCUGGGUACAAGGCGCUGCAGGUAGCUAAAGGUGAAGCAGACGCGUAUCUGCACUCUACUAAAAUAAAGAAAUGGGACGUUUGUGCAGGAAAUGCUAUCCUCAGCGGACUCGGAGGAGAGAUGACCGACAAGUACGGCGAUCAAAUUGAUUACUCGGAUUCAAAUAAAGUUGUUUUGGAUGGACUUGUUGCAACUUUGAGGAAUCAUGAUAGGUUUUUAGGGGUUUUUUGAUACUAGAAUGCUCACUGAUCUAGUUAUGUAAAGUUUAUUCAAUAAAAGGAUGUUUUAUAUUGAGAUUCCUAAAUCUUGCCCACUGUAGGUUUGGAAAUAAAAUUCAAUGUUCAGAAAGUAAAAUUUAUUUGAUAUUAAAUGAUUAAUAUAUGCAU